CUGCUCCGACCGCGAAGACAUCAACUCCAUGUGCCUCACCGUGUUCCAGCGCCUGGUGGAGGCAAACGGUAUUUCCUACUCGCAGAUCGGACGGCUGGAGGUCGGCACCGAGACUCUACUGGACAAGUCGAAGAGCGUCAAGACGGUGCUGAUGUCUCUCUUUGAGGAGAGCGGCAACAGUUCGGUGGAAGGCGUCGACACAACUAAUGCCUGCUACGGGGGUACAGCAGCUCUCAUCAACGCUGUCAACUGGAUCGAGUCUUCGUCAUGGGAUGGUCGCUAUGCCGUCGUGGUUGCAGGAGAUAUUGCAGUAUAUGCAUCCGGCAAUGCCCGCAGUACUGGAGGUGCAGCUGCUAUUGCAAUGCUCAUUGGACCAAAUGCACCAUUAAUAUUAGAUCAACGAGUUCGUGCUACUCAUAUGCAACACGUGUACGAUUUCUACAAACCAGACAUGACUUCUGAAUAUCCGACAGUGGACGGGAAACUCUCUAUUAAAUGUUACCAGCACGCACUGGAUAAAUGCUACCAGGAGUACACUCACAAAGUGCACCAGCAACACCUUAUAGAAAACUUCACUGUGUCUAGUGCCAAUGCAUUUGUGUUCCAUUCACCAUACUGUAAACUGGUGCAGAAAUCUCUGGCCCGGCUUGUACUCAAUGAUUUUCUGCGAGACCCCAAUCCUGACUUCAACGGAUUGUACAACGGUCUUGAAGAAUUCAGGAAAAUCGAACUGGAGUCUACAUACUUUGAUAAGCAAGUCGAAUCUACGUUUGUGAAGUGCAGUGAAAAGGCAUUCCUUCAGAAAACCAAACCGUCUCUUUAUUUGGCAAACAGAAUUGGAAACAUGUAUACUCCAUCAGUCUACAGCUGUUUACUCUCCUAUAUAAUGAACCAAUCACUUGCAGACCUGCCAGGACAAAGAAUCGUCCUCUUCUCCUAUGGUUCCGGCCUUGCCUCUUCCAUGUUCUCCCUCCACAUCACCCAGGACAAUUCCAGUGGAUCUUCGCUUGAGAAACUCUACCACUCGUUAAGUGGCAUCAAAAGUCGGUUAGAAUCUCGGGUGAAAUUCAGUCCCAAAGAAUUUGAAGAAACAUUGAAACUUCGUGAGAAGACUCAUCAUAUCGCUCCUUAUGUUCCUAUUGGAUCCACAGAACACCUGUUCCCUGGCACUUGGUACCUGACUGAGGUGGACGACAAACACCGACGGAAAUACGCACAGAAGCCUGCCUCUCCUCUUUGUGAUGGUCACGCUAACAUGGAGCAGCACAUGGCACAGGAUUCCCAGCAAACAGCUACUGCAUAAACAAGAAGUCAUUGCUGCUGGGUUUUUUGUGGGGGUGGUCAUCCUUUGUGCUAAUAUAUUAUAAAAUACAUACGAUAUAAG